AUGAAGGGGCUGUACAGGCUCGACACGGGCCGGCUCGAGAUCUGGCCGAAGCAAGCUGCAAUUCACACAGCUGACCCGCCCAAGCCCAAUCCCCCUCCCAACGGCGCGCCCUCAUUCGCGAACAACGGCUUCCCUACGAACCUACGUCACUCUCGACCGUUAGUAAUCUCUGUCUUUCCUAGUCUUUCCCCAGUGCCGUGCGACUGGUUUUCUGCUCUCUUCUGCGGGCAAAGUCCCCACCACACUUUCACCGUGGCGUCGCCGAACAAUAUCCUCGACGAAGCGAACAACUCGUUCGACUUGUUCGACAAUCGCCGCGCCUUGGACAUUAUCGACUUCCUCACCAACCCCCGCCUCGACGAUCCGGCCUAUCUGACCACUCUCGGCCUCAUCCUUGCAUCCCUCGUCGCCGCCAUGUCGUGGUUCUCUCGCUCAGGCGGCAGCUGGGGAGGCCGCUUCUCUCCCUUUGGCCGGCCUAGCAAUUCGCCAAACUCGGGCGUAGUCAGCGAUGCCGACUUUUCCUACAUCACAAACGAGGACCUACAACGGAACGGGGCGGCGUCGGGCCCAGAGAUAGUCGACUGGGACGACAAGAACCCCGACCGCGAGACGGACGUGCUCGUCUUCAAGGAGAGGCGCACACACUACCCUACACACUUCCCAGCGCACAGCAUACGCGAUGGUGAUCUCAAAAUUGGCACUGUGCGCCAGGCAGCCGCGAAGAAGCUGGGCGUUGACCACCCCGGCCGGAUACGCAUGUUCUUCAAGGGCCGCAAUCUCAAGCAUGACGAGCGGACUGCCCGCGAAGAAGGGCUACGCGGAGACGGAACAGGCAGCGAGAUCCUCGUCACAGUGGGUGAAGCCUCUGUUGGUGGAUAUGCGCCUGGCGCAGAAGAAGCCGCACCGCGAGGCUGGACAGACGGCGAAGACGAGGAUGAGGAUGACGACGACGACAUGGACUCGGGCGCCAACACCUCUGGCAAGAAGAAGUCGCGCAAACGCGGAGGCAGGAAGAGCAAGCGCAAAGGCCGCGCUUCCCCGGACGCCUCUGGCACCUCGACACCGGGCUACACGACGGCCGGCGCGCACGCAGAAUACCUCCCCAUUCCCUCGCACGUUCACGCCGCGCCCAAGCCCGGCACCAGCGCCGCCUCUACCCCUCCCCGCGCCGCCACGCCCAUGACGCCCAUUGGCAAACUCGACCAAAUCGCAAGCAAGUUCCACACGGAAUUCGUGCCCUUGGCCGUCCAGUACAUGAGCAACCCGCCCAAGGAGAAGAGCAAGCGCGAGUUUGAGUAUAAGAAGCUGAGCGAGGCCAUUUUGACACAGAUCAUCUUCAAGCUGGAUGGGGUGGAGACGGAGGGGGAUCAGGAGGCUAGACUGAAGCGAAAGGCGCUGGUCAAGGAGGUGCAAGGGUUAUUGCAUAAAUUGGAUGAGGUGGGGAAGGCUGGGUGA